AGUAGCAUGAUUCAGUGAAAUUUCAUCCGCCAUCUUUAGUCACUUCAACGAGUCGAGCUUCAAGACUUUGCCAACUUUUAAGUUGCAUGGAGUUUAUGUUUGCAGCUUUGCCUCUUUAAGACACUGCUAGGCACGAGCUAUGGUUUAAGCACAAGCUAGUUUGCUUUCUACUGUUUUGUUUUAUCAAUGGAGGACGGAGAUCGAACCGACAUAAAACGUUGUUGGGUAUGCUUUGCCACUGAAGAAGAUGAACCCACAGCUCAGUGGGUGGAGCCAUGCUUAUGUCACGGCACUACCAAAUGGGUACAUCAGUCUUGCCUGCAGCGCUGGAUUGAUGAGAAGCAAGCAGGAAACUCUACAGCAAGUGUGUACUGUCCACAGUGCAAUACAGAAUACAAAAUAGUAUUUCCCCCUCUUGGACCAUUUCUUAGUUCAAUAGAAAAACUAGAUCACUGUGUUAAUAAAGUUUGCCCCUUCGCAGCAGCUGGAAUAGUUGUGGGUUCAUUAUAUUGGUCGGCAGUCACUUAUGGAGCUGUUACAGUCAUGCAAGUGUUAGGGCAUAAGGAUGGACUUGAAGUCAUGGAAAAAGCUGACCCUUUAUUUUUACUAGUUGGACUACCAACCAUCCCCUUGGCCCUUAUCCUUGGCAAAAUGAUUCGAUGGGAGGAUCAUGUCCUGAGGUUUUGGAGGCGCUACAUUAGCAAGAUAGCCUUGUUAAGUAUCUUCUCCCCCAAAAUAGGAAAUGCAAUCCAAGGCAUGGGUGUUCAUUACCGGGAGCCUGCGGAACCCACCCCACUAUCAGACCCUGUGUCAGCUACUAGAAUACUAUGUGGAGGUCUUAUUAUGCCAACUGUUGCAACUCUUAUCGGUAAACUUUGUUAUGGUUUUGUGGAAUCUGGACUACACAGGGCUUUAUUGGGUGGAAUUACAUUUAUUGGGAUUAAAGGAGCAAUCAGAAUUUUCUACAAGCAGCAACAAUACAUCAGACAAGCUCAGCGAGUUAUUCAGAAUUACAAGGAUGAAUAAAAUGUAAAAGCAAUUAAUUACUUAUAAUUAACUCCCCCUCCACCCUCUUGGCUGAGGAAUUUUCUUUUUCCUUCUGUGCCCCCUGGAUAUCCAUUUGUCUUUAAACAUUAGGUACAUUACAAAUUUGAGGAGAUUUUGAAAAAACUCUUAAGAAUUCAAUCCAAUAUUUUCUAGAACACCCCCAGGGUUGUUGAACAUUUAAGAACACCUUUAUCCUUCGUAACCUCCAGGAUUUAAUGAGAUCCUCUGCUGAAGAGGGCUACAUAAAUAAAAUAAAAUAAAGCAAUGACCAAAUUUAAAGGCAUUCUGCUAAUGCAAACCUUAUUCCCAAGAUUGUUUAAAGUGUUUGAUCUUAUUUAGUUAAGUUCAUUAUUCAUCAAUUAUGUUAUUCUAGUGUUAAAGGCUUUGUAUAGCUCUGGUCAAAUUUGAGACUAAGGCAGGGAAAGUUUGGAUGAAUUAGUCACAGUUUAGAAUCUUGAACUUUCAGUAAAGGUGACAAAAUGAACAGGUCAUACCAGAUUCCAAAAAUAAAAUAAAAACGAGAUUUAGUUCAAUAGCUGGAUAGCCUUGGUGCAGAGGUUUCCUUACCCCUCUCCAUCAGGAAAACAUUUAGAUUUUCAUUAACAAUGAAGUUUGGCAGACAUUAGAUCUCUCCUUUUAGAGGAUCUUGGAACACUUCAAGUGGAAAUAUUUUACUUAACUCCAACCAAGCUAUCCCUAUUGUCUUUCCCUAAUUAUAAGCUUUAUAUUAUGUUUUUGAUUUCUUUAUCACACAGUUUUGUUUUAAAAUCACAUUUCAAAAUCACUGGAUUCUUUGAGAAAAGAAAUAUCAAAUAUUAUUAUGAUAGUAAUGCAAGUAAAGCAUAAUAAAUUACUCAAGAAGGAACUCAAAAA